UUCUCUUUGAAGGACACUAUUGUGAAAAAUAUCCUGCGAUACUAGUUAAGUCGUAUGCUGCUGAUAUCAUUUUAUAUCGGAGCGAGAACGGAAUCACCCAUAUUUUCCUCAUCCCGUUUGAGAAAUUGAAUUAAAUUUGUGGUGCAAAAAUCCAAGUGAUUUGUCACAACGUGCAUAAAAGAAUGCAAAUCAAGUGAUUGGUACUGUUACAAUUAGAAGGAAAUAGAUUUCAAUCAGCAUCAAAAAGUGUGAAAAACUAUGAUCCACCGUGCUUAUCAUAAUAUUGGAAUAAAUUUGGAGACUACAUGUUUAGGAAAAUUUCCCCAUCUGUUUUGUGCCACCGAUAGCGAAGUUAAGAAAACAAGGUCAAACAUUUAAAUAUCGAAAAGUCCUUAAUCGUAUUAAACUAAAUCAAACUAAAUUAAACAAUUACUCUAAAAUCCAAACUCGGUCUGCCAGCCCGUUGGCUUCGCGCCAAAAUUGUUUCCGUUCGCGGGACAAUGGCCCCAUUCAAGCUCAAAUUCCGCAUGGGUAGUGGUUCGUCCCGUAGCGCUUCCCAGGAGCAGGAUGUCGUAGUUGACAAUCAGGCCAAUCAAAUUGUUUCCAACUAUUUGAACAGUAACAAUUUGGGUGCUGGUUACGGUAGUAGCACUACCCUCGAUUCCGAACAAAAUAACGAUAGCUUAGUUUCGAUGAACAACGACCAGCGGGCCCUCAUCCGGGACCGAGACUCAACCGAUGAUAGACUAGGAUAUAUAAAUCCAUCUUUAACUCACACUGAAACCAAUACGAUACCUUUGAGCCCACCGCCAUCUUACGAGCAUGUAUUAGAAGAAAACCGCCUCGCAGCUCUAGAUAAGGAGAACAACAAGACAUCGACGCUGAAUCUGUCUUCAUCCGGUUACGAAAUGUUGCGAAACAGUCAGCAAUCGUUGGACACUUCGUGUCAUGAGCAGCAACAACAACAGUACUGUGACCAUCAACAGACAACGCCCAAUGCCACACGAAAGCAGGAAUCCAUAGAUUCGUCAAUGUAUUCUUGCAGCUCGGCUACGUCUCCAUCGCAGGAAAAUCUUCUCGGGUGCACCGGUUCGUGCGAUCCACUGUACAACAUGGCCAACCAGGAACCGAUGGGAGAACUGACCGAGGAAAUGGAAAAUAUGAACAUCGAGGAAACAUGCCUAUCAACGGAAAAUUAUGACAACAACUCAAUAGGCGACGACUGCCAUUCAUACGACAACCAGGAUUAUGAGGCAUCGUCAGCCGCAGCUCUGAUGGCUGCCCAGGAGAUCAAAGGCCCCGAGAUCCUCUACAAAUCCAGCAAACAACUGUACAAAGCUGUCGCCAAGGAGUGCGGCAUCACCUGCAAAAUGUCCGACCAGUGUCGAUGCUUGGACUGCCAAAGUCGAUACUUUGAUUGUGAAUACGAUCAGAACGAAAAUGAGAAAACGGAUGGCGGAUUGGGCGCGGGCACGCCCAUGUUCAUCAGUGAGGUCAUGCACGGCUCGGCCUGCGCUAUCCUUUAAGACACUCCAAGCAAGAUUUUCAACCAAAAAGAAGACCCUACAAUUCCUACUAACAAAGUAAAUAGCAAACAAUCAUUAGGCCACACACCUCACAUUAAACACACACUUGCACAAAACUAACAGUAUAACCAUUGCAUACUAAAGUAUUUGAGAGAAAAUGAAAGCCUUUUGAAACGUUUUUUACCUUAAACGAAGUAUGACAUUUAAGAUGCAUUGAUUUGAAGAUUUCAACGACGACUGUGUAGCUGUUAGUAAAAUCACAUUAUGCGAAACUACUGGUUAACAUACCGUUGAAUUACUUCGACUAGCUAUGACUACGCAACUAAACUGAAUGUAUUAUUAUGAUAAACAAAACAAGAUAGGACAACAUCUAAUUAAUGUUACUGAAGAAGAAAAAAAAUCCCAUUAUAAAUUGGAAAUUGUCGAUUUCCUUUGAAGAUAAAUGGCCUUUACAGUAAUGACUAAAUGAUUACAGCAGACAGCCUACACGAGUAGUGGUUCCAAUGAUUUCGGACUAAUUUAAGCAGUUGAUAGUCAGAAUAGAAUACAUCUGUAAAUGAAGUAAAUGGUGAUUAUAAAUUAAAAAAUCUGAAAUACCUUUGGCAGGACUGACUUCUAUUUACACUUAUUUAGAAUAUACAAUUGUUCUUACUUUAUCUCCUAUUGAUGUAAUAAUAAUAAUUCCUAUUAGUACAAUUUAUGGAUAAGCUCUAUGGAUAUGUUGUUUCUACAUAUAGUACAUUUUAAAAACGUGAUAGUAUCAAUUUUGUCCUAUCUUGCGACAACACUAUUACUUUUAUAAGUAAAUACAGGCAAAAUUGUUCUCAAAUUCAACUCUACUACGUAGCAUACAUUUAUACGUCUAUGCUUUUCGAGUUGGUAACGAUAAAUGAACAAGUAUCACAUAACCGUGUAAAAAGUUGUGCAAAAACGGAAUUCGGUACAUAGUGCAGAAAAGUAUUAGGCAUUGGCACUUCUAAAACCUUCUAAAGCUGAAACCGGUUGAACAUUUUUGCACCUAAGAGUUUGCUAAUUUUUCUUUAUUCGAGUAGCUUGUCACCCUUGCCGAGUUCGCCACUAUUUUA